UAAUACCAAACAGAUGGAAAUCUCCGCACUGGUCGGUGGGGGUAAUUUGACGACGCUCCCUUGCGCGGGUGAUUUUUCAUUACUGCGAGCCUCCAGCAGAGACCGCGCCUGCGCUCCAGCUCCCUUCCCAACGAGGCUUCACCAAUCCCGGCUCCGGCUCCAUCCCCGGCUCGGCGUCCCACAGGCCGGCGCUAAUAAGUGUCUUAGCUGCCCGGUGAUGGGGGAGUGAUCGGGACCCGCCGCCGCCGCCGUGUGAAGGGAAGUUCCGUGGAGGCUCCGCGCCGCGCAGGACCACGCCACAGACGCAGACGUCCACAGUUGCUGUUGUUGAGUCGCCUCAAAAAAGCGCAGAGUGAUGGAGAGGAAGCGUCCUGGCAUGCCGUCUGGAGCGAGAAUGCCCCACCAGGGUGCUCCCAUGGGCCCCCCAGGUCCCCCGUACGGAGGUAGCCCUGCUGUGCGACCCGGCCUGCCCUCCCCGGUGAUGGAGCCCAGUCGUAAGAGGCCCGCCCCCUCUCAGCAGGUCCAGCAGCAGCAGCAACAGCAGCAACAACAGCAGCAGCAGCAGGCCGUCCAGAACCGAGCCAGAAAGAAGCCAGUGGGAUUCCCCGGAGCCAGUGAGAUGCCAGCCAGGCAGAUGGACAUGAGAGAGCCCCAGUCAGAUCCCACGCUCGGAUCAAAUGCUAAGAGAAGGAAAAUGGCAGACAAGAUUCUUCCGCAAAGGAUCCGUGAGCUGGUCCCGGAGUCCCAGGCCUACAUGGACCUGCUGGCGUUCGAGCGCAAACUGGACCAGACCAUCAUGCGUAAGCGUGUGGACAUCCAGGAGGCCCUGAAGAGACCCAUGAAGCAGCAAAAACGAAAACUGAGACUUUACAUUUCUAACACCUUCAACCCGGCCCGGCCCGACGCCGACGACUCGGACGGCAGCAUUGCAUCGUGGGAGCUGCGAGUGGAAGGGAAGCUGCUGGAUGAUCCGGGGAAGCAGAAGAAGAAGUUCUCCUCCUUCUUCAAGAGCCUGGUGAUCGAGCUGGACAAAGACCUGUACGGUCCUGACAACCACCUGGUGGAGUGGCACCGCACGCCCACCACCCAGGAGACGGACGGCUUCCAGGUGAAGCGGCCGGGAGACGUGAGCGUGCGCUGCACUCUGCUGCUGAUGCUGGACUACCAGCCUCCCCAGUUUAAGCUGGACCCUCGCCUGGCUCGCCUGCUCGGCAUUCACACGCAGACCCGCUCCUGCAUCAUCCAGGCGCUCUGGCAGUACGUGAAGACCAACAAGCUGCAGGACUCCCACGAUAAGGAGUACAUCAACUGUGACAAGUACUUCCAGCAGAUUUUCGACUGUCCUCGACUGAAGUUCUCCGAGAUUCCUCAGCGCCUCACUAACCUCCUGCUGCCCCCCGACCCCAUCGUCAUCAACCACGUCAUCAGCGUGGAUCCAAACGACCAGAAAAAGACGGCGUGCUACGACAUCGACGUGGAGGUGGAAGACCCCCUGAAGAGCCAGAUGAGCAGCUUCCUUCUCUCCACCGCCAACCAGCAGGAAAUCGCCUCGCUCGACAAUAAGAUCCAUGAGACCAUCGAGUCCAUCAACCAGCUGAAGAUCCAGAGAGACUUCAUGCUCAGCUUCUCCAGAGAUCCAAAGGGCUACAUCCAGGACUGGCUGAAAUCCCAGAGCCGAGACUUAAAGUUAAUGACAGACGUAGUAGGAAACCCUGAGGAGGAGAGGAGGGCAGCGUUUUACCAUGAACCCUGGUCUCAGGAGGCCGUCAGUCGGUAUUUCUACUGCAAGAUCCAGCAGAGAAGGCAGGAGCUGGAGCAGGCCUUAGCGGUUCGCAACACCUAAAACCUUCUGGAUUGCUGCAUCGGCUCUUGUGUGUUUUGAGUGUGUGACAGAAUCAAUUACAAGAAGCAUUGAUCAUUUAGCACUAAAGGGAGAUUUGUUUUUAUCCUGCAGAUGCUGACACCUGAAACCUUUUUUUGUGCAGAAGCAGAGAGUGUUAGAAGCAUGAAUCCAGCGAUGUCCCUUUAAAGGUUCUGCAUUUAUUGGGUCAGAAGAAAACAAUCGGAGAUUCUUAUUAUUUAAAGUUCCCACCAGCAAAGCUGAGAUUAAGAUCCAGUUGAUAUCCUCCUGCAAUCAGCUGGAUCUGUUGAUAGCAGAGCUUUAACCAAGGAUUUAUUAUCAUCUCGAUUAAUUUAAUCGCUCACUGCCUUUUUUCAGCAAGUUGAUGCUCUGAAGGUGUUUUACCAAAGUUCGCAAUAUGAAGAAGAGAACACCAAGUGGACAGACUUACAAAUUUACACUGUAGAAAGUGAAACAAUGAAUCGACAUUUGUUUCAUUUAAAAUAUUAAUUUGUAUUAAAUUACAUUUGAGUGGCCCUGUGGUACAGUGUCCACCCUGAGACUGGAAGGUUGUAAGUUCAAAUCCCGCCUGAGUCGUACCAAAGACUCAGUGCCUCCCUGUUUGACACUCAGCAUUAAGGGAUCGGAUCGGGGUUAAAUCACCGAGCGCGGCUGUGUCUGCAGCUCACCCCUCUCCCAGAGGAUGGGUCAAAUGUGGACUAAACUAAUGAGUUUAAAUGUAACAAAUUACAAAACUUUUGUUAAUAGAUCGAAUUUUUCCCUUUUUACAGUGAAAAAGUUUAAAUUUGUAAGAUCUUUUUGGUGUUCUUUAUCUCCUGACUCGAGAUGUGAAUGUAAAUACGUUUUCGUUGGGCCAGCUGGUUCUUCGUUUUGUCCGGGGUCGUACGCUUCCCCGAAUCCCCGGGGCAGGACCGUCGCUGUUCCCCGUCUCGGCUUUUUGGGGGGGUUGAAAAAAGACCCCCCCCACACUCUGUAGCUGUAACAUAUAACCCGCACCGGUCACGACUUUUUAACGACACUUGACUCGUAUGUAUAUGUUGUACUGUCAGAUCCUGUUUCCUCGUCGUUCGUUUCAGCAGUUUUUCGAUGGGAACCUCGCCGGGGUUUCUUUGCACUGUGCUGUAACUCUUUUAUCAUCCCGAGUGAUUUCAUGAAGACCUAUGCAUGCUCCAUGGACACUGAUGUAAAUAGAAGAUAGUGUGAGACGAGCGCACAGUUGUGGAAAUUGCCUUUUUUUUGCCAAAAAUGGACGUACUCUACCAGCAACUAACUGUAGGUGUGAGUUUCUUUUAUCGAGGUGUGUUUUGUUAGAACUAAGUUAUAUCCACUGCACUCAGUAGAGAAGAAAUGUAGUCAUAGGUAGUGUUUUGGUCCUGUUCUGUUUUUUGUUUUUCUAUGUACGACCAGGGCAUUCAUAUUGUUGUCACUGAAUCACUAGCACCCUCUUGUGGAGGAAACUGGAGCUUCGAGGAGCUCAUCACCUUCAGUACUACUGUCUUCUACUGUCGGUCUCGACCCCUGCAUGUGAUUCUGAAGAGGUCUUUGUUUACACUGAGGGUCAACGCCAGGAGGAUUAUGGUGAACAUGCUGUACUUCUGUGAGGGUUUGAUCACAGACAAAAAAAAAACAAAAAACAAAAAAAACGGAAAUCCGCUGUGACAUCGAGAGACAGCCUGGAUGUAAAUAAAGAAGCGCUUGCCAAAGUUUGUAAAUGUCA